UGUACUUGAGAUCGUUCUGUGCUUUUAAGGCUCAAUUCUUGCUUUUUCCCCGUCAGGUGGAGGUUGGCAGCGAUGAGGAACGCAAACUCAACCUGAGUUUAAGCGAGAGCUUUUUUAUGGUGAAAGGAGCUGCGUUAUUCCUGCAGCAAGGGAACAGCCCACAGGGUCCUCCUCGGAGUGUCCCGCACCCUCACAAACAUGCAGGUGAUUUGCCACAGCACCUUCAGGUGAUGAUCAACCUCCUUCGCUGUGAGGACAGAAUCAAGCUGGCCGUGCGCUUAGAAAGCGCGUGGAGCGAUCGCGUGAGGUACAUGGUGGUUGUCUACAGCAGUGGGCGCCAAGACACCGAGGAGAACAUUCUCCUGGGCGUGGACUUUUCCAGCAAGGAGAGCCAGAGUUGUACCAUAGGGAUGGUGCUACGCCUGUGGAGCGAUACGAAGAUCCACCUGGAUGGUGACGGUGGAUUUAGCGUCAGCACUGCGGGGAAGAUGCAUAUCUUCAAGCCUGUCUCGGUGCAAGCCAUGUGGUCUGCCUUGCAGGUCCUCCACAAGGCUUGCGAGAUGGCUCGGAGGCACAACUACUUUCCAGGCGGGAUGGCCCUCGUCUGGGCCACCUACUAUGAGAGCUGCAUCGCCUCCGAGCAGAGCUGCCUCAACGAGUGGAACGCCAUGCAGGACCUGGAGUCCCCUCGCCCUGACUCGCCUGCAUUAUACAUGGACAAGCCAACGGAGCGGGAAAGGGCGGAACGGCUGAUCAAGGCCAAGCUCCGGAGCAUCAUGAUGAGCAAAGAUCUGGAGAAUGUGACUUCCAAGGAAAUCAGGAAUGAGCUGGAGAAGCAGAUGAACUGCAGUUUGAAAGAAUUCAAAGAAUUCAUCGACAACGAGAUGCUGCUCAUUCUAGGGCAGAUGGACAAACCCUCCCUCAUCUUCGAUCACCUCUACCUGGGGUCUGAGUGGAACGCCUCAAACCUGGAGGAGCUUCGGGGCUCAGGCGUUGAUUACAUUUUAAACGUCACCAGGGAGAUCGACAACUUCUUCCCAGGGUUGUUCGCGUACCACAACAUCCGAGUCUAUGAUGAAGAAACCACCGAUCUUCUCGCCCACUGGAACGAGGCCUACCAUUUUAUCAAUAAAGCCAAGAGGAACCGCUCCAAGUGCCUGGUUCACUGCAAGAUGGGCGUGAGUCGCUCUGCGUCGACGGUCAUUGCCUACGCCAUGAAGGAGUUUGGCUGGUCCUUGGAGAAAGCCUACAGUUACGUCAAGCAGAAACGCAGCAUUGCUCGGCCCAACGCCGGGUUCAUGAGGCAGCUGCUGGAAUACCAGGGCAUACUGGAUGCCAGCAAACAGCGUCACAACAAGCUCUGGAAACAGCAGCCGGGAAGCAGCCUCCCUGCCAGUUCGGAUGGCUCCGCCGGGCCCAGCGAUUUCCUGCUUGGCAGCCUGGAGGAUGUGGAUCUGGAACCUCCUUGCCCACCUGCCUGCGCAGACCGCCGAGCGCCCCCAGAGUCCGUGGGCCUUCACUACUGCUUGCGGCGCCUCUCCGACUCCUUGCCGGACCCCCGGGAGCUGUGUUUCCAGGUGGAGGAUCUGGAGGGAGACGCGAUUCUGGAGGAGGCUGACUCUGCAGCAAGGGACCUGCCUUCCUCCGGGCUGCUGGGCCAGCUGCAGGUGGAGGUCAAGGAGCAGGCUGACCUGUCCAGCUGUGUGGAGGACCAGGGCCAUCAGAACCCCGAGGCCAGUCUGCUGAGGGUGGAGACAGUUCCUCGGCUCCUGGUCUCCGAGGAGAAGCCCCUUGAAAGAUGGAAGCGGCGGUCGCUUCAGGAGGACGGCAGACACAACUGCGAGAACUUGAAUAACAACAACAGUAAGAGGAGCUGCCCGGAUGACUUUGAACAUGAAGCCCUAUUUGGGAUCCUCAACAAAGUGAAGCCUUCCUACAAGUCUUGCACUGACUGCAUGUAUCCCUUGGGUGGGGCCCCUCCUGAAACCUUCAGGGAUUCCUCUGAGGGCCUGCCACCGGAGCCCCCAUGCCACCAUGCCACAGUCUGCACCCAGCCCUCGUUCCCAACGUUUUUGGAGCAGGCGUUCUGCAAGUCUCCUCUUAAGGAAUCCCAGGGACCAAGAGCCAACAGUUUGCUCUCGAUGCUUGUGGGAAACGAGGUACAGGACAUCAGUACCGAUAGACCAGCUUCAGGUUGGCCCUGUGGUACUUCUGAAAGGGCCAGGGAGGUCCCUAAAACACCAGGAGGUGCCUUGCUUGGCUCAAGACAUUCUCUCUGUGAGAGAACCCCUAUCUUUAACAAUGGGCUAAAACAUGACUCUUUUCCAAGAAAAGAUGCUCGGCAGACAAAGGACCUGAAAUACUUGCUCUUCAGUAAAGAUUUAGAGAAGCCAACCAGUAACAGUUAUCUGAUGCAGCAUCAGGAGUCGCUUCUUCAGCUCCAGAAAGCUGGCUUGGUUCGGAAGCACACGAAGGAGCUGGAGCGCCUCAAGGGCCUGCCACCCGACACAGCUGGGCGGGGAAAGGAGUGUCCUGGGGGCACAACCGAUGUGACUAUCCUGGAAGAGGAGCCCCAGGAUAUGGUUGUCCCUGAGAAUCAACUGCCGCCCUCAUCUGAAGAUGCUGUCAAUGUCUCUGAGAAGCUACUGAAGACCCUUCUUGCGGGUGGAGCUUCUCAGAAAACCUCCACGCCUGUCCUGUGCAAGGUGGACCACAUGACUAUGUUCACGAAAGACUUCCUCAAGACCAUCUCUUACACCCCGUCAUCUUCUAGGAGUUCUAACCUGACGCGGAGUUCCAGCAGUGACAGCAUCCACAGUGUGCGUGGGAAGCCUGGGCUGGUGAAACAGCGGACGCAGGAGAUUGAAACCCGGCUGCGGCUGGCUGGCUUGACGGUCUCCUCUCCCCUGAAGCGCUCCAACUCUCUCGCCAAGCUGGGGAGCCUUGACCUGGCCUCCGAGGACCUAACAGGCGACGUGGGCCUGUCGCUCUUGACCAAUCCGAGGGAGGCCAAGCCGAGCGAAUCUUCAGCCCUUUGCAACUUCUUCUCCUUUCUGAAGAACACGGAAGACGGGGUCCAACCCUUGGCAAAAUCGACCCUGGGGAAAUUAAAGGACGCACCCUGGAUGGGAAAAAGCUGACACCUUUGCAGUAUAUUUUUUUUAAUGGUUACUUUUAUUUUUGUCUGUACUGAAUGCAAUUUUAUCUGGUUAGAAAAAGAAGAGAAAGCUGCCUUCCACUUCUCAGUGGCCCUUCAAGCACAGUGGCAAAAGAGAAGGGGAUAUCUGGCAAGGGUGAACAUCCCAAGGAAGAGGUGCAUGAAUGGCCUUCUGGCUCAGGAGGCAGCUGUGCAUCUCAUGGCCUCCUCUUGACUUUGAUCGGGCAGCACAGUUGCUGGACUCUUUCCGUACAGGCCAAAAAACUCCUUUCUCAAAAGAGCACCAGAGAUUUGCUUUGAAGAUCAAGCCAAGUGCUGUUCUUUCUUCUUAAAGAGGCCCUUGUGUAAGGAGCCAAAGCAGACACCAAAAUGCUACCUCCAUUUUUCAGCUCUAUGUAGAUAGAUAGAUAGAUAGAUAGACACGUCUGUGUGUGCGUAGCUGGGAUUUUUAAAACAUCUUCCUCUGAAACGGAUUUUCCAAGGAAAAGAAGUCCAAGGUCAAUAGGAUUACAGCUCUGGCCUCAUGGCUCACUCAACACACCUGCUUCGGUUUGAAAUGGCAGAUUAUUUCUGAGCAGAAAGCAUUUCAGCCAGCCAUCACUGGGCUGAAUAUACUGGUCAGUGUCCCCAUUUGAACUGACCGGUUGCUGGCUAAGUCAUCGUCAUCCUUACAAACGUAAUGGUUUUGUUUGGGGGUGUUGAGUGGGAUCCUUUGAUCCUCCCCUCCUUCUGCUGUACCUGUUCCAUUUAGGAGAUGUUUACUGUUUCUCCUGACCACAUUGUGAACUGUAAUUUCACUGUAAUGUUACUGAGUGAGGCAGGAUCAGUAAUGUAUGUCUCCUGGGGCAUUAAACACUUUCAUUGACGAAUCAGAAUAUGGCAUAUUUAUUACCUUUAACCCAAAACAGAGUAGCUCAGCUUAAGAAGGUCUGUUUUCCUGAAUGUCCACUGUGCCAGUGUUAAUAUAAGCUGUGGUGCUGUUAAGAAGAAGAUUACCCAGAAAUGGCAUCCUUUAAUGUCAGGCACAUUUAACUGUAAUGACGUGACAAGUAAUGUUGUUAUCCUUAAGACACCUGACUGAUGUAUGGACUUUCAGGUUCAAUUUCUCCCCUUUUCCAGAGAAUUAACAUUGAAGAAUUUAUUGCAUGGGACAGAGUCUCCUAACGUUUCAUUCCACGCUUUUUUUCACCAUUGGAAGAUUGUUGUAUUUCAUCCUUCCUGUUUAAUGGACACCCGUGUACUGUAUCUCAGGUCAAUGUUAUCCUUUAAAAAAACAAAAGCAAACAGAGAAAUGUGCUUAAGCCACAAGGAAAUAUUGAAUGUCUAGCAUGCCAUCUCAGAGAUCAGUUCCUCCCUCCCUAAAGUUGGAGAACUUUUGCCAGUUCGAUGCAUGAAAUGGUAGCAUGUCUUUUUUUCUACGCGUUGGUGAUUUUUUUUUAACUAAUAAGAGUGCCUUGCAUAUAGUUUACAAAUACUGUAUACGUACGUGAAAGACUUGUUCUGCCCGUUUGUUAGCACUUCUGGUGUUUGUGAUGUGACGUCAGUACAACUCUGUGCCUAGUAAUGUUUGUACGCAUCCUGUGGGGUUUGCCCUGUCCUCCUCCUCGAGAUAUCCUGGACUACAACUCCCAUCAUCCAAAAGCAACCUGACCAGAAGCACUUGUAGCCCAGUACUUCUGAAGGGCAUCAGGUUAUGGAGGACUCAACUUUGCCUCGGGAGAAGUUAUCAGGAAAGGUUUGGGGUAUUAUUAAAAUCACGUCAAACAGAUCCUCUUGGCACAUUACACAAGUCGGAUGAAUCUAUGCAGCAAUCAUGACAGGAGACGAUUUGUCGGGUUUCUCAAAGAUGGACGCUUUUGUUUUCCCCAGCUGGCGGCCUUGGGAUCCAAGCCCCAGGUCCCAUCUGAAACGGAAAUGGGGACCCUCAACUCCAGCGCGUGUUAUGCUCCGCUGCUGUUUCUGUUUUCCUCCCUCUGUUUGCAACUCUGGGCAUCCCUGGCCAGCGCAGCUCCAGGUCCCCUGAAACAUCAAACUUUGUUCUUGAAAGCUGCGGGCUAAUCCAGGAACUUCUUGGCCUGUUGAUGCCCAGUUCUUCAUAUGACAAGCCCUCAGCGUGAACUUGCACAGCAGUUAGGAAGAGGGAACUUGAAACAAACAAUGGUGAGAUGAUGUUUUUCCAAAAGAAAUGAAGGUGGGAAUAGUUCAUCCAUUACAGUACUAGUACGAAGACGCAGACGGACACCCGUCUGCAUGGGGCUCGGUUUCCUGUUACUUCCUGAGGGCGCAGGUGGCACGUGGGCAGGUGUUUUCCCGUGGGCUGCUUUCAGCGACAGCUCUUGGCAGAUCCCAUCAGCACCUCCCGGGGCUGAAAGGAUCCACACAACUGCCUUUCCCCACUUCAUCUUUGUUUCCUCAGUUCUUUUUUUUUCUUCAAAUAUACAAUACAGUAUAUUCCAUACAUUUUGUACUGUAGAUUCACAGUACGGGAGGCAUAAUGCACUUUUUAAAAAAAAAACAAAAAAACUUUUUGUUGGUAAAAAUGUAUUAUAGAAUGUCCUUCUUGUAAAGAAACCAUUAA